AUGGCGAUCACUGAGAGCGUCGGAGCUAAAACGGAGAUCUCGCCGUCGCCGCCAUCUUCCGUCACAAGCCAAGAGUCGGGAGUCUCGUCUAACAACAACGAUCACGGCGGAAAUGGAAUCAACGGUGAGAUUGGAUCCUCUCACGUGGCGAGAUCCGACGGUGGAGAGAGCUUUAAUCGUGACAUGAGAGAGCUUCAUGAGCUCUUAUCUAAGCUUAAUCCAAUGGCUGAAGAGUUUGUUCCUCCUUCACUGAAUAAGCAAGUGGUUAACGGAUUUAACGGCGUUAACGGUGGUUUCUUUACCGUCCCUGGCUCUUUCCUCCGUAACAAUGGCUUUGGUACUGCUGCCGGAAAUUUCUCCGUCAACGAAGACGGCGGUUUUCGAAGGAAGAAGUCGUUCGGACAACAAGGGAAACGGAGGAUGAAUCCUCGGACAAGUAUGGCUCAGCGUGAAGACGUCAUUCGAAGAACUGUCUAUGUGUCUGAUAUUGACCAACAGGUCACUGAGGAGCAGCUUGCUGGUUUGUUCAUCGGCUUUGGACAGGUUGUUGACUGUCGCAUAUGCGGUGACCCCAACUCGCUUCUUCGGUUUGCUUUCAUCGAGUUCACUGAUGAAGCGGGUGCAAGAGCUGCAUUGAAUUUGACUGGGACGAUGCUGGGAUUCUAUCCUGUAAAGGUUAUGCCGUCGAAAACAGCUAUUGCACCGGUUAACCCGACAUUCUUGCCAAGGUCUGAAGAUGAGCGUGAGAUGUGUGCGAGAACUAUCUACUGCACAAACAUCGACAAGAAGGUCACUCAAGCGGAGAUUAAGCUCUUUUUUGAGGCUGCGUGUGGAGAGGUGUACCGUCUGAGGCUGCUAGGAGAUUAUCAUCAUCCAACAAGAAUUGGUUUCGUGGAGUUUGUCAUGGCUGAAAGCGCGAUAGCUGCUCUCCACUGCAGUGGUGUCCUUCUUGGUUCUUUACCGAUAAGGGUGAGUCCUUCAAAGACACCUGUUCGCUCCCGUGCUCUCCCGCGACAUCCGAUGCAUCGACAGUAG